AUGCCCGAGAAAGUCUCCUCCAUCGAUGCUUCCAGAGAUCCAGCGGUCUCCAAGCAGUAUGACAAUGAAUCUUCGGCCGAGACGAAGUUCAAGGAGUUCUACGAGCUCGUGGACAGCUUGACCAUUUCCAUGUUUGGCACAUACCGUAACGGUGUUGGCCCAGUAACCCGAUCCAUGGCUGUGUCCAAGCGAUCAGGCCCAGACUUCCUCUUUCUCGCCAACACCAACAGCCAAAAGUUCAAGGACCUCGAAGCCAACAAGGAAGUCAAUCUCAGCUUCGAAGACUCCUCCAAACACGACUGGAUCUCAGUGACCGGCGAGGCAGUGACCCUCUCCAACGACGACCCUCGCAUCAAGGAAGUCUAUUCGAAAGGCAUCGCGGCGUGGUUCGGUGACGUGGGGGAUGGUGUGCACGAUGGCGGACCAGAGGAUCCUCGUAUGAAGUUGAUCGAGGUGCAGUCGAAGUAUAUCACCUACUAUAAGCGCAAGACUGGCGCGUUGGGUAUGGCCAAGGAGGUUGGCGGCGCUCUGUUGACUGGCGGUGUCGCGAACACGGGCGAUCUUCGAGAGAUGAAGGAGGACGAUAUCAAGCAGGCUCGAUCUCGGGAUUCUGCCCUGAGCAAGUAG